UUAAUCAUUAAUUUUUUCUCAAAAUACACUAAAUUUAUCGAAUUGUCCACGGAUCCAAUUUUUUGCAGUGUUCGCAUUUGCAGGCAACAAAUCACAAACGCAACCCAACAAGAGUGAAGUGAACAUGUCCCUAGCUGCACCAAACUCAUCUAUUCAGAAUCAUCAGAGAAUCAUAAUACCCAACAAACACGGUGAAAAACUCGUUGGCAUAUUGCAUCAAUCUGGAACAGGAACCACUGACAUUGUUAUCUUGUGUCAUGGUUUUAGAUGCUCUAAAGAUAUCAAUCUUAUAGUGAACCUUGCUGUUGCAUUGGAAAAUGCAGAAAUUAGUUCUUUCCGUUUUGACUUUUCUGGAAAUGGGGAAAGCGAAGGUUCGUUUCAAUAUGGUAACUAUUGGACAGAGGUGGAUGAUUUACAUGCCGUUGUUCAACAUUUCCGUGAAUCAAAUCGAGUAAUCCGUGCAAUUGUUGGACAUAGUAAAGGAGGUGAUGCAGUGCUUCUGUAUGCUUCAAAAUAUCAUGACAUUAAAACUGUCGUCAACCUCUCUGGACGUUAUGAUCUGAAGGCAGGCAUUGAAGAACGCCUCGGCAAAGAUUAUUUGGAAAGAAUUAAGAAGGACGGUUUCAUCGAUGUGGAGAAGAGGUCAGGAAGUCUUGAUUACCGUGUGACUGAGGAAAGUUUGAUGGAUCGAUUGGGUACAAAUACGCAUGAAGCAUGCCUUCAGAUUGACAAAGAAUGCAGGGUCCUUACAAUUCACGGUUCACUCGAUGAAAUUAUCCCCGUUCAAGAUGCACAUGAGUUUUCGAAGAUUAUACCAAACCACAAGUUGCAUAUCAUUGAAGGAGCUGAUCAUGCAUACACUAAUAAUCAAAAUGAGUUAUCCUCAGUUGUUGUGAGCUUCAUCAAGGAAACCGUUGACCAGAACAGGGGUACUGCUAGCUAGGUCUGUUCUUGUUAUUUUUGUUUUCCAAAUAAUAUUUGCCACCAUCAUUUGUAAUUUUUGUAUCAACCUUCAUUUGAUAGUACUGAUUAUGGAUGCUUAAGCAAAUUACUCUGUUAAUACAAACACCUUCCUCAUGGUAAAUAAAUCCAGUUGGAGUCUUGGAGAUAUUGGAAAAGGGAAAACUAUGUUGAUCUAUGAUGAAAUUACAUUUCAUGGCAUAUUUACCUUUACAUGGACAGAUCAGUAUGUACAUUUGACAAGAUAAAUCAAUAUAAUUUCAGUAAAA